GCCGAACACAUGGAAUCCUUGAGUUUUGAAAUGUGAAUAUUAUUUUUGGAAUUUAUAAUUUGUCCCAUUUUGUUUUUUUAAUUUUUUUUUAGAAAAGAAUGGCUAAAAUUGAAAAGGUAGAAAAUAUUUUAUUACGACAUAGAAUCGGCGAGAAAAAUGCAACAAAAAUUACCACUUGGAUCGAUUCGUUAAGAUUACGAUUAUCUCAGCUUGAGAAUGUUCCAGCACAGAAAUUGAAUUCCAAUUUACUCAUCAAUGUUAAAUGUCCGAUCGAUGAACAAUUAUUCGAAAAAUGCGAAGCUUCUUUUCUCUUUCAAUCUCCGGUUGCUGUUCAUGUUGUUGGAAGUUAUGCAUUGCAGUGUAAUAGCCGAAAUAAUGAUGAUCAUUUUGAAAUUGAUCUUCUUUUGGAAAUUCCGAAAUCUUGUUGGCAGAAAAAAGAUCACAUGGAUUUUGUUUAUCAUUAUAAACGAGCCUUUUAUCUUGCAUAUAUUGCUCAGCAUUUGAACCAUUGCAACGAUCUAAUACUGGGCCUACAAUUUAGGCGUUUCAAUGGUGAUCAUCUCAAUACUUGCAUUCAUUUGAUACCUACGGGUAAACUUGGCUUACACUAUCGAUUCAACAUUUUUGCCACAGCAUCAUAUGGAAAAACGUUCGUAUAUAAAACUUUUCAUCCCACUAAAUGUCUUAUUCAGAAUAAAGCAUUGAUCACGAACGAAGAAUUUGAAUCGACACCAUAUUAUAAUCAAACUAUUCUCAACGAUUUAACUAUUGUACAAGCCAGUGAAUACAUGAAAAAUCUCAUUUCGAAUCAUUCAAAUGUUAAGGAUUCACUUAUUCUAAUGCGAAUUUGGCUGGAUAAACGAAAUCUGCGUAGGCACUUUGCACAUAUUGUGACACUGUUAACUUGUUAUUUGUUGGAAAAUAACUUGUUGAAUCCUAAUUCAUCAUCGAUUCAAAUAUUCGAAACAAUAUUGAGCAAAUUGAAAGAUUCUGAUUGGCAAACGAAUCCUCUUGUUAUCAAUUUUGUCGAUGACAAUAUCCAAGAAGUCGACAAAGAAUGUUAUAUGAAAAAUUUUUCUGUCAACCUUAUUGAAUCUAGUUCGAAUUCAAAUAUGUGUUAUAAUUUGAAUCAAGGCAUUUAUGAAAGAAUUAAAUUAGAUUGUCAUCAAACAAUUAAAAUUCUCAAUUCUAAACAAGUUGAUUUUGAUGAAAUUUUUCAGAACAGCAUCAAUUUUACUUCAUACUUUGACUUUUCCAUUAGCAUUUUAGGCGAUUGUUUAAAACAAGAUCAACUAAAAAAUCAAAAAUUUUAUAUCCAAUGUGGAAAAAAUUUGACUCAAACUAUGGUUCUUGAUAUUCAAAAUUUGAUCCAACAAGCUGUAGGCGAGCGUCUGACAUUGAUUCAACCAGAAAAUUAUCUUCAUCAAGAAUCAUGGGACUUAAACGCCCAGCCGAUUACAUCAACCAGAUCGAUUGUUUUUGGCAUUUUAAUCAGACGAGAAAAUUUUCUUGAUCAAAUUAUUAAAGGUCCAAUGGCCAACCAACCAGAAGCCAACAAUUUUCGUGAACUUUGGGGUACUAAACGUUCUGAAAUACGACGAUUUCAAAAUGGUGAUAUACGAGAGUGUGUUGUUUGGGAAGCGCAAACAUUCAGUGAUCGUCGUUUGAUAGUGUUAAAUGCUAUCAAGCAUGUAAUGAACCGAAGAAUGAAUCUGAAAUUAAAUGCCAUCUCAUGGACUUACAAUUAUCUGGACGAAAUGCUAGAGAUGAGAAAUCUCAAAUUUAAUGAUCCACAAUUUCAUUAUGGAACAGGAGAAGAAUGUUUUUCUUUGAUCAAUCAAACAAUCAAUAUGAUCAAAAAACAUUUACAUAAUCUGAAAAAUGUAUCGUUCAAGGUUAAUGAUGUAGUCAACAUAGAUCCAGCAGCUCGUCAUACCGAUGUGUAUCCACCAUUGCCUAUCAAUUCCAGGCCGAAAAAUGUGCAAAAUCAAUGCAAUAUUUUUGAUUGUAACGCCAUGGAAGAUAAAAUCAAAUACAUACGACCAAUAAAUUUGGUUGUCCGUCUUGAUGCAAUCGGACAAAAAUUUUCAAAUAAUUUGGAAGAAUUUCAAAAUCAAAAAUAUCUACUAAUCCAUGAAUUGGCUAAAUCAUUACGAGAAUGUUGUCAGAAUGUAUUCGUAAAGUUGAAUUCAUCCCAUCUGGAUAUCUACAUACAAGGAUUUGUUUUUCGUUUAAUCAUAGCAUUACAAAAAGAACUUUCGAUUCAUCGACAAAUAUCGAGCAAUACUAAACGGCCAAAAUUCUCUGGAAAUAUAGAGGCUGAUCAGAUUGAAUUCAAAACACAAGUAUUACCGGCAAUUUGUGGUUCAUUGAACGCUUUUCAAAAUGAAAAUUUUUGCUAUGACCUCACCUGUCGUCUAUUCAAACGUUGGCUAUCGCGACAAAUGAUCAAACAUUUUUUUGAAGAAAUAACAAUCGAUCUGCUUGUUGCCUAUCUCUUUCAACAUGACAGUCAUGUUUAUCCGUCUAAUAAUUCACACUUGACCAUGUUCAUCCGCGUUCUUGACUUUAUCGGUCAUUUUGAUUUUGUCAAGAAUUUAAUUUUUUUAAAUUUCAAUAAUUCACUUACAAUCGAACGAAUGGAUAGUAUUCGGCAAAGUUUUCAAGAACAAAGAGCCAAUUGGCCUAUUAUUACCAUUGUCACCGGACAUGAUCGAAAGCUGUCACAACAUACUCGAUUAUCACCGGAUACACAAAUAGUAUUUCAUCUACAAAGGUUGGCAAGAAUUCAACACGAUCAAUUGCGAGAAUCGCUUCAAUUAUUUAAACCUAUCAAACUGAAAUCAUUGUUUAAAAUGAAUAUGAGCAUGUUUGAUAUGAUUAUCAAAUUGAAUACAAAAUUUCUGCCAAACAAACAUGAAUCAUUCGAUUUUCCCGAUAAUAUUCAAAUCAAGCACGCAUUAUAUUCAGCUGAUAAUGAGCAACAUUCGAUGCCGAUCGUCGAUUAUAAUCCGGCAUACAUUUAUCUGACUAUGUUGAAAAAAGCGUAUCAUAAUUUUGCCCUAUUUUUUUAUGAUCAAUAUGGUGGACGUGAAAUUGGAGUUCUAUUGCGACCAGAGAUACUUGAAACACGACCCUUCAAAUAUUCAUCAGUUGAAGCGACUAAAUUAGCUGGUACAUCUCAUUCAUUAUCUACAGAUAAUGUUGUCAUCAAUAUGGCAUCAUUGGUCGAAGAUUUUCAAAUUAUUGGUAACGGAUUAGUUGAUAAAAUUAUCAUUAAAGAUUAAUAUAAACAUAAAAAUAUCUCGAAUUUUAUUUUUCAUUAUUAUGGUCAAAGAAAAUAAUUUCAAAUAAACAAAAAUAACAAAAAAGCCAUGCA